CGCCUCCGACACAGGAAAAAGGGAAGUGAAACGUGUCGUAUGUCCGCUAUCCAGAACCUCCACUCCUUCGACACCUUUGCUGAUGCAACUAAGGGUGACAACUUACUUCCUGCUGGGACUGAGGACUACAUCCAUAUAAGGAUUAUCCAGCAAAGAAAUGGCAGAAAAACCCUCACCACUGUCCAGGGCAUAGCCGAUGAUUAUGAUAGAAAGAAAUUGGUGAAGGCCUUCAAGAAGAAGUUUGCCUGUAAUGGUCCUGUGAUUGAGCAUCCGGAGUACGGAGAAGUGAUUCAGCUUCAGGAGGACCAGGGUAAGAACAUAUGUCUCAUUGAGACUGGACCGGCUAAAGACGACCAGCUGAAGGUCCAUGGGUGUUAAGUAUCAGUGGGUCACUGAAGUCUCAAGGGAGAAG